UGCGAAGUAUACGGAGAAAAAAAGGAUCGCUUUUCUCAUUCCUUCGCCUACUGAAAAAGAGCGUUUUCCGUUACACUACAAGUAUACGGACUCACCACUCCCUGUAUACAGUAUUUAAGAACUCCAUUUUGGUAUAAAGAAAAUAGAUUGUCCCGCGAUACAGGCUGUCUCUAAUUAUUAGCCUAGUCUUCUCUAUCUUCUCUUUCUAUUUUCAAAUCCCCCAUUUACCGCCAUUUACGAGUGGCAAAUUGCCAUGGUAACUGUACUCAGCCCCGCCCAUAUUCAACAUGCCUGUAACAAGAGUUCCUGUUGUUCAUAAGUUUGGGAUUUGUAUGCGCUCCAACCCUCAAGAGGUUGAAGCAGCUAAAGAAAGCAAGAAGGAGGAGACAAGCAAAAACAAGGCCUCAUCUCCAAGGCCACAAAGAAAAAGUUUAAGGAACAGAUCAUGUCCUGUCAUUACACUUGACUUCAUAUCAAAAUACAACUCAUCUGCAGAUCCAGAGAAAGAAGAGCUGAAUAGUGUUUUAAUUAGAGUACUUGAACAUGCAAAAUACAAGUGUUGCUCUUUCAAAUCUAAUGCUACACUAUCGGACGUAUCUGAAGGAUGGCUAGAGCUGAUUGCUCUUUGUCAAUGCUGUGGAACUCUCCAGCAAGAAAGUCUUGCAACAUUAGCUAGCUCACUAUUAAACUCUUCUCUCACUCCUUCUCAUGUUCCAGUCUUGUUCUACAUGGCAGGUAUUGGCUACCACUGGAUUAAAGAAGGUUCUCUCUUCUCGUCUCAAUUCAAAUCCGGUGAACUUCUCCUGCUACAGGUACUUCAUUCUGUAUCAUUGCGGUUGUAUCAUCAUCACUUGACAGGAACUCUCCAGGGUAUGUACACUGGCUCCCAAAUAAGGAGGUUGAAGUAUGAUUUCGAUGGACUGGAGGCUCAUGGAAAGUCUUACGUUGAUAUACCAGAGGCACACCUACAUUUUAAAAUAAUAAUAGAAGUGGGUGAUUUGAUAUGUAAAAAGUACGACCUUCCUCCUCUUCAAGGGGGAGGAGUCUCCUCUACUCCAGCUCCGCCCACAAGACUAACCAAUACACCAGCCACAGCCAUGAACGUCCAAGCCACGCCCCUGAACUGUGCCUCGGAAAGCAGCGGAGGAGGAGGAGGAGAUCAUGUGAUCUCUUCGGUCCUCUGGCAUGCACUGGACAUCUGGCAGUGUUGUUAUAAAGGUUGCGAGACACUUAAUGAAGCAAUGAUGGAUCUCAUUACCUGUAGCACUGACUUUAACACUGAGCCAUGUAUUGACGGUAUACUAGCAAUAAGCAUACUUUGCUCAGCGGCCAGGAGAGACCCAAGGGUUCUUCGGUUUGUUCAGGGACUCUCGAUUGGUUCUAGCAUCUUGGAGAGCAUCAAGACUGAAAACAAGUCGCAAGAAGAUGAGACAAAGAAAGAAGAAGAAGAAGAAGAAGGAGAGGCAUAUAAAGACACGGACCAUUGUAGCUCUUUAGUAUCAGACCCUAAAAACAACAUUGCAACUUUAAACGUUCUUGGGAUGCAACCGAAAUUUAUAGAACCAGAAGUGGAAGAGUCUGACAGCGAAGAGAAGACGAGAGAAGAGGAGGAAGAGGAUGACGAGGAUUAUAAUGAAGUAUCUGUUUAUACUCUCUCGGUUGGCACUCAGGCUUUGAUUGACAACGAGUCCAUACCUGAUAUUAUACAGCCGUCAAGUACUGAACUGAGUGGGUCCAAUGUGAGGGAGAGGGGAGGGGAUGAAGAACUGGUUACGACGACUAGUCUCGAAGAACCCAGUACUUAUAAAGACAGCUAUAGUUCUUAUCUGCUUCAUCUAUCAUCGCAGUUCGAUCAAACAUUGGACGACAACAAGACAUCAAACGUCUCUGGUCUAUUGAGUUUUAAAAAGGCAGAGAGAGAAGGAGGAGACAAGAAGGUUACACUAAUGGACGCUCUUAGCCGUGAGGAGGAGGAGGAGGAGGAGGAGGGAGAAGAGGAUAAUGCCUCAUCUGUAGGAACUUCCAUAAAUCGUAUUAAUCUCCUUGACGACAGGUUUCAAUUUGUUAAGACAAGAGAAGAGGGGGCAAAAGCUAAAAGUGUGACCUUAACUCUUCCACAAAUCCCCUUCAGGACUGAUUCAAGAUGUACCCAUUACACACACAGCACUGCCCCUUUCAGCUGGGGGGCUGGGGUCUUGGGAAGCGUAGCCCCCGAGAGUACUGUGUACCAACGUAGUAUCCUCUCUACCCCUUCCACAAUCAAGACUGAUCUAUCCACUAUAUCCCUCACUGAUUUCUCCAGCUGGUCUAUGGAUGUCAAGCUAACGUUUGUAAUAGGAUUAUCUGACAUUGUGAUGUAUGGGAGAGACUCACGUCUCCAGGAACAGGCCUUGGUGAGAGGAGGAGGGAAGGAGGGAAAAGGAGCAGCUGGAUAUUGUUUGAUUGAUUUAGCAUCAUAUAACGAUGAUGAUCCAGCUGCAGAUUCUGGUAACAGCUGGAAGGUGCGUUACAUGGCGCUUCAAGGUCUCACGAGAGUUAAUCAGGCUUGCAAGGAGAUUCCCUCUCGUGACGGGUUCAGUUCUGUGGCGUGGGACAUAAUGCAGGCGAGGAAAAUGAAAGAGAAAAAUUUUAAAGCACUCGGAGCUUAUAAAAUACAGCAGUGGUAUCCUCCGAUAGUUCGGUUUUUAGCGGAAGCUACUACGUCCAUUCCAGUCUCGCUCCCUCCCCCUCCCUCUCUCCUUGAUGACAUGGCAUUGCAGCUGUCAAAUGUAUUCCUACCACCAGUUGCAACUGUAAUAUCAAUAUCUACUGAUAAAAAAGGUUCUGGUAACAAUCAGUCCAAUCCUAAAGAAGUGGUAAAGCAGUUAGUUUGUUAUGACAAUAUAGCUGCCAAAGUGCAUAGCAAUAGACAAGAUCCUGGGAAACAUAAAGAGACUGGUUCUACUGCUCCUGCUAGUAACUACAUACUAACUACUGAUAAGAUACUGCAUGACAUUGCUAAGAAGGAAUGGGAAGCUGCAAUGAACAAGGAAGAUGAAGAAGAACAAAAAAAAGAAGAGGAUAAGCUAAGGCUGAUGGAAGAAGCAGAGAGAGAACGGAAGUUAAAAAAGAAAAAUGAAUCAAUUCUAAAAAAUGACAAUGUAGACUCAAAGCAAUAAAAACUAAUACUAAUAAUAAUAAUAAUAAUAAUAAUAAUAAUAUUAUUAUUAUUAUUAUUAUUAUUAUUAUU